CGCAUCUUUGUCAGUCAUCAGAUAGAAACCACUGUAUAAAUAUACAACUUUUCUCUACACAACUCGUCUCCUUUAAACCCUAGACCCUCACUUCCCUGCUUCCUCCCUCCCCUGCUUCCUCUCUCCGACGCAGCUUAACACAGGAAAAGGUGUGUUUUGAGGAGUCGGAAAAAUGCUCGUGCUGUUCGAAACUCCAGCGGGUUUCGCCUUGUUUAAAGUGUUGGAUGAAGGGAAGCUCUCCAAAGUUGAGGACUUAUGGAAGGAUUUUUCAAGUGCAGAUAAAGCUAGACAGGUUGUGAAACUCAAAGCUUUCUCCAAGUUUGAGAAUACAUCAGAAGCUUUGGAAGCGGCAACCCUGCUGAUUGACAGUAAACCCAGCAAAGGUCUGCGCAAAUUUUUGAAAGCGCACUGCAGUGGUGAGACAUUGGCUGUUUCCGAUUCUAAGCUUGGAAAUAUCAUCAAGGAAAAACUGAAAAUAGACUGUGUUCACAACAAUGCUGUGAUGGAGUUGAUGAGAGGUGUAAGAGCUCAGUUGACUGAGCUCAUAGCCGGUCUACAAGUUCAAGAUUUGGCACCAAUGAGCUUGGGUUUAUCUCACAGUUUAUCUCGAUUCAAGCUCAAGUUCAGUGCUGAUAAGGUUGAUACAAUGGUUAUUCAAGCCAUUGGUUUGCUUGAUGAUCUUGAUAAAGAGUUAAAUACAUAUGCAAUGAGGGUUCGAGAAUGGUAUGGUUGGCAUUUUCCAGAGCUUGCUAAGAUUGUACAGGACAACAUCCUUUAUGCCAAGGUUGUGAAGCUGAUGGGCUACCGUUCUAAUGCUGCAAAGCUUGAUUUCUCCGAGAUAUUGCCAGAGGAGGUUGAAACUGAAUUGAAGGAUGCGGCAAUGAUAUCCAUGGGAACGGAAGUUAGCGAGCUUGAUUUGAUGAACAUCAAAGAACUCUGUGACCAAGUCCUUUCUCUCUCUGAGUACAGAGCUCAGCUAUAUGACUAUUUGAAAAAUAGGAUGAACACCAUUGCACCAAAUUUGACCGCUCUUGUUGGAGAGCUCGUCGGUGCUCGCCUCAUUUCCCAUGGUGGUAGCUUGUUGAACCUUGCAAAGCAGCCUGGGAGCACAGUUCAGAUUCUUGGAGCUGAAAAGGCCCUUUUCAGAGCACUGAAGACUAAGCACGCAACACCAAAAUAUGGACUUAUCUACCAUGCAUCCUUGAUUGGUAAAGCAGCACCAAAGCUGAAGGGUAAAAUUUCUCGGUCACUUGCUAGUAAAGCUGCAUUGGCAAUUCGAGUUGAUGCUCUUGGAGACAGUCAAGAUAACUCAAUGGGAGUGGAAAAUUAUCAAAAGCUUGAAGCACGGUUAAGGAAUCUUGAAGGCAGAGAAUUGGGUCACUCUGCUGGGUCGGCUAAAGGCAAACCAAAGAUUGAAGUCUAUGACAAGGAUCGCAAGAAGGGAGCCGCUGGAUUGAUAACUGCUGCCAAGGCAUAUAAUCCUGCAGCAGAUGCGGUUCUUGGGAAAAUGACACCUAAUACCGAGAAACCAGCUGCCGAGGUUCCCAUUACUGAAGAUAAGAAAGAGAAGAAGAAAAAGAAGAAGAAGGCCGAUGACGUGGACAUGCCUGACGGAAAUGCCAAUGUGGAACCAGAAGUUGAGGAGCCUGCAAAGAAGGAAAAGAAGAAGAAGAAGAAGCAUUCGGCUGAGGAUGCUGAAGUAGUUGCUGUGGUUGAAAAUAAUGAUGCGGGAGAGAAGAAGAAGAGGAAAAGAAAGCAUGCUGCGGAAGAAGAAACGGAGGUGCCAAGCGAGAAGAAAGAGAAGAAGAAGAAGAAGAGCAAGGAUUGAUGAGUUUGGGAAAAAUUGUAGCGAACGACUCGGCAAAUUUUGUUCAACUUUUAGGCAAUCAGUGACAGCUUUUCUAUAUGUAAAAUCUGGGUAUGUUGUUUUUAUUUAUCUGUGCUCAUUUGAAGCUGCUUCUGCAGUUCUGUAACCUCUAAUUUCUUAUGGACAAAAAUGUUGCAUGAAGUUGGUCAAUGAGAAUUGUUGCAAUGUCAAUUUGCAAUUUUGA